AUGGCACCGCACAAGACACCACGCAAAAAGCAACAAAAUAAUGCAUCCACACCUACUGGGGACGAUGUCAGAGGUCCGGCCAGUCCAAUCGAGGACUCGCCAUUGGAGCGGCCUCAACUGGUGUCGCAGCCCUCUGAAACCUAUGAAAAGGCACAGGAAGACGAACGUGAAGUUCUGAAAGCCGUUUUCAUGGAAGAUUAUGAGGAAUCAGAAGCAAGAGGUGCAUGGAGCAAAACUACAGAUCGCGUACUGCGCUUAAAAUUGAAAGCCUACUCAAAUGACGACAUUUCCAUCACCCUCUGCGUCAAGCUGACAGCAACCUACCCCAAGUCACUUCCGGAACUCAGCCUGGAAGGUGGAGAGAAGUUGAGAAAAAGAACAUGGGAUAAUCUUCGAAACUUGAUCCAGGAUCGGCCCAAGGAAUUAGUUGGCGAGGUUAUGAUAUAUGAAAUUGCAACUGGUAUCCAAGAUGUCCUUGAAGACGAGAUAGCCGUUCGCGAGAACGACGGUGCAUACGACAACUUAGAUGCAGAACGCGUCGUCCAGGAAGCGGAGACUGCAGAAAUUGCUAAACGCGAAGAGGAAGAGUUGCAGAAGAAACGAGAUGAGGAAAGAGCCGAUGAAGAACGCGCCUUGCAGCGACGGGUCGGUGACGAGAUACGGCGGAAAGAAAUGAUGGCGAAGCGCAAGACAAGAUCAUCAGCCAAUGCCCCCACUUCUUAUUUUCCCACUGAAAGCAACAAGAACCAUGUGUCAUUUGACAGGACUAUAGUCUGGCAGGAGAAUGACGCAAUGAUUGAUUGCAGUGCGGUCGAGGGUCUUGUGCCCUUCCAUGUUGGACCUGUUACGGAGCAGCUACUAGUCAAACCUAUGAACAGUACUGCAGCCCUAACUUUUGUCUUGAAACGUAUGCGCGUAGGAGGUGGUAACUCUGCUGCAGGCCCACAACUGAAGAAGGCCAUAAUGGAAUUUGAAGAGGAAAUGGAGGAUGUCAAGCGAUUACGACAAAACGCAAUUCUCACCAUCUUAGACUUCAAGAUUGAAUAUCUCUCUGACGCAGGCUGGGAGAUCAACAUCUUAAUGGAGUACGCCAACAAAGGCUCGCUGCGCGACAAGCUUGAGGAUGACGGACAGAUUACGGUUAGCAGAAUUCGUUCAUGGACAAUUGAGCUCCUGGAGGCACUGGACUACUACCACCGCAACGGCUUGGUACACAAACGCAUUCACCCUAACAAUAUUCUGUUUCAGAAGUCGUCAAGCGGAAAUAUCUCCGUCAAAUUCACAGAUGGUGCCUUUCAAGAUACUUUACAUCAACUUCAGGGUCUGUGCAGAGGCGAGCAGGCUGUUGCCACGUCAAGGUCGGUAUUCUGGGUGGCUGCUGAACUCGCACAAGACAUACGCCGGACUCGUAAGACCGACGUGUGGGACUUGGGCGUUGUGUUCCUUCAAAUGCUUUUUGGUCUGGACGCGCCGGAGAAGUAUAACUCGCCAAAGGAUUUGUCUGACGCUGUCGGAUGUUCUGAGCCGCUGCAAGAGAUAAUGCGCAAGUUUUUCAAGCCGGAUCCCAAGAAACGGCCAUCUGCGUUCGAUCUCAUUCCAAGCGAAUUCCUGCGCGAAGAUGUUCCUGUUUACGAACACCCGCCUACACCAAUACGGUCUAGACACUCUUCGACGUCGGGUCAUUGGAGACUGCGUCGAGAAUCUUCAGCGGGUGUCCCUACAUCCUACUCCCGAUAUGCGACCGACUGGGUAGAACAAGGCCGACUGGGAAAAGGUGGUUACGGUGAAGUCGUGAAAGCGCGUAACAAAGUCGACGGCCGCAUCUAUGCGAUCAAGAAAAUCAAGCAAAAGUCUGCGUCUGCGUUGACCGAGGUUCUCUCCGAGGUUAUGCUUCUGUCCCGCCUGAAUCAUAGCUGUGUUGUACGCUACUAUACCGCCUGGCCUGAAGAAGACGCUCCCGGCUUUUCUGAAGCAGACGGAGAUGGCACUACAGCACUUAGCGAGGACGACUCAGACUCAGAUUCCGACAUCUCGCCGGGCACGACUAGAGAUACUGCGCUGAAUGGUAGUACUGGCGGUUUGGACUUUAUCAGCUCCGGCGGCUAUCCCAGGAUUGAGUUUGGCUCCGACGAAGAGUUGGAUGAUGAAUAUGAUGACGAUGAAGAUGGAACGGGUACGGCAAGCGGGCCUCGGUCCCCAAUGGUGAAGAGGCGCAGUUUAUCACAUUCUCAACAUGCACGAACCGCUCGAUCUAUACUGUAUAUUCAAAUGGAGUUCUGUGAAAAGCAGACCUUGGGCGAUCUGAUUCGAAGAGGUCUAUACGAUGACCCUGAUGAGUAUUGGAGACUCUUCAGACAAAUACUUGAGGGGCUCGCUCAUAUCCAUGGUCAUGGCAUCAUUCACCGCGAUCUGAAGCCGCACAACAUAUUCAUCGAUGUCGCAAAAGUUCCAAAGAUUGGAGAUUUUGGCCUUGCUACAAGUGGACAAUACCAACGGUCAGACAAGAAGACAUCUGCUGGCAUACAAGAUGGCGAUAUGACUCGUAGCGUGGGUACAGCGUUGUACGUUGCACCAGAGCUGAGUUCCACGGUCACCGGAAGCUACAACGACAAAGUCGACAUGUACUCAAUGGGUAUCAUCUUCUUUGAGAUGUGUUUUCCCUUGAGAACAGCCAUGGAACGUGAUCAAGUCAUUCGACUUCUACGAGAACGCAAGCAUGAUCUGCCGCAAGACUUUCAAAAACCUGAGAAGUCUUUGCAGGGUUCCAUCAUCACUUCUCUAAUUUCUCAUCGACCUUCAGAUCGUCCCAGCUGCGCAGAACUCUUGCGCAGUGGAAAAGUACCACUGCAAAUCGAAGAUGAAGCAAUCAAGGAAGCGCUCAAAGCACUCUCCGACCGCGACUCUCCACAUUAUGCAAAGGUGAUGGCUGCACUCUUUUCUCAGAAGCCUGGUAUUCAAGCACAAGACUAUACAUGGGAUUCGGGUGUCGCUACACGGGCCAUUAGGACCAACGAUAUACUGCUGCAAAACCUGGUCAAAGAUCGCUUGGCUAUGGUAUUCCGAAGCCAUGGUGCGGUCGAAGUUCAACGUCCGUUACUGUUGCCGUGGUCUGAUCAUUACGCGAACAAGAACGUGGUAAAGCUCUUUGAUCCUUCUGGUACCCUUGUGCAGCUGCCCCACGAUCUCACGCUACCUUACGCUCGCAGCAUUGGGCGAGGCGCACCAUUUUUAGAAAAGACUUUUACAAUUGGGCAAGUCUACCGCGAUAGCCCUGCUGGCGGUGCCCCUUGUAGCAAUGGUGAAGCUGAUUUCGAUAUUCUGUCGCAUGACACCUUAGAUCUCGCACUGAAGGAGGCCGAGGUGCUGAAGGUAGUGGACGAGAUUGUCGACAACUUUCCAUCCAUCAACAACACACCGAUGUGCUUUCAUCUCAAUCACGCUGAUUUGUUGGAUAUGAUUAUGGAAUUCUGCCGGAUCAGCGUUCCGAAGCGAUGGGCGGUUAAGAACAUCUUGAGUAGACUCAACAUUUCGAGCCACAAUUGGCAGAAGGUCCGCAACGAAUUACGAUCACCUGAAAUUGGUGUGUCCUCCACCUCUAUCGACGAUUUAGCCCGCUUUGACUGGCGAGAUACACCAGAGAAAGCCUUCUCCAGGCUACGACGAUUAUUAGAAGGCACAAAAUACUUGGAUCGCACACACGCCAUUUUUGCCCAUCUUCGUUCAGUUGUACGUUAUAUGGAGCUUUGGAACAUAAAGCGGAAAGUGUACAUCAGCGUGCUGAGCAGUUUCAACGAAAGCUUCUAUGCGAAAGGCAUCAUGUUCCAAUGUUUGUUUGAUACAAAGCAGCGCGAGGUGCUGGCAGCAGGUGGUAGAUAUGACAAGCUGAUUGGAGAAUAUCGACCAAGAGGCUCGGUUCACGCACAUCCUAUAGCAGGCUACCAUGCCGUUGGUGUCAAUCUGGGAUGGGACAAGCUAGUCAACUCCAUGGCCCGGUGGCUGAAGAAGCCUGAAAAGUCAAGCUUCCUUAAGAAGCACGCUGAAGAAGAUGCGCCCUUGGUCUCAUGGAUGCCACGCCGUUGCGAUUGUCUCGUGGCAAGCUUUGAUCCCAAUAUACUUCGAUCUACGGGCGUGAAGAUGGUUGCAGAGCUGAUCGCACAUGGAUACACUGCUGAGCUAGCUGUCGACGCGCAUUCUAUUGAAGACCUGUUGCGACAUUAUCGGGAUGAUAGGCACAGUUGGAUCAUUAUCAUCAAGCAUGGCGUCGCGCCGGACAAGCCGGAACUAAAGGUCAAAUCUAUUGCCAAAAAGGAAGACACGGAUCUCCGAACCAACGAUCUACUCAACUACCUACGAAAUGAGCUUCGAGACCGAGAGGGACGCGAAGGAAGCGCAGCGCAACGGCUCAUCAAAGCCGCACACACGAACUCAACUUCCGCCGCCGCAAAAUCCAACGUGGACGUUCUUAUCGCACAACAUCGCAGCAAAAAGAGCAACAAGUGGUCUAUCGUCGAAGCCGCACAAACACGUUCCGCAGAACUCCUCUCAGACUUCCGAUCUGCACCCAUCGCGGCCAUUGAAACUAAAGAGGAAGCCAUGACGCUCAUUAAGGAGACUCGUCUCAGCGAUCCAGACUCAUGGCGCCAUGCCAUCCAGAAGAUGCCGAUUGCAGAACGUAAGUAUCUGCAAGAGCUGCACGAUUUGCUUUUGAAAUACCGGGCGCAAUGGCUAGAGACGAGGAAUGAGGAGGGCAAUACUAGUGGAGAGGGAGGAAGGGCAUUUGUGUAUAAUUUCAGGACUGGGGGGUGUUUGCUGUAUGACUUGGAAAACUAG